ACAUAAUAUAUUCGCUGGGUUUACUCUUUACUUGUUUCAGUCUUCCAAACUCUGUAGAUCUCUCUCAUCAGCUAGCUAAACUGCAACUUAUGGAGGAAAAGAUGCAGAUUUUGGUGCCAAUUUUGCAUCCUUCGCAAGUGACCACUAUUGAUGUUAGCCAGCUGCACCAGGACUCUCAUACAAGGUCGGUAUUGGUCAAAAGUAUUCACCAUGCUUGCCAAGAAAUGGGGUUUUUUCAGGUUAUCAAUCAUGGAAUAAGCAAAACAGUCACUGAAAAUGCUCUUGGCUCGUUGUCAAACUUCUUUGAUUUGCCAAUGGAUCAGAAGAAGCUAUUCUUGUCUGAUGAUAUAAGCAAGCCAGUAAGAUUUGUGACUAAUUCGAGGGACUCAAUCAAACUUUAUGCCAACCCUAUUGAAAAUUGGAUUGAUUUAUGGCCUCAUAAUCCCACAGAAUUCAGAGAAAGUUUGGGAAGAUAUGCAGCGGAAGUAAAGAGAUUAAGCAUCGAUAUACUUGGAGCCAUAGUAGAGAGCUUAGGCCUCAGUCCAACUUACUUGAGGAGCAGCCUGGGGCAAGGAAUGCAAAUGAUAGUAGGCAGCCGAUAUCCUAGGUGCUCCUCAUCUAGCAGUAUACUCGGAAUAUCGUCACAUACAGACCACAGUAUCAUCACCAUCAUUCUUGAAAGUACGUCGGGGGUUGAGAUUAUGGAUUUCACAGACAAUAGUGCUUGGAAGUCUGUUCCAGCAACCGACGGUACCCUUAAAGUUCUAGUAGGGAAUCAUCUCGAAAUACUCAGCAACGGGUUGUACAAGAGUGUUUUCCACAGGGUGGUUCCAAACCCUGAAAGGAAUAGGGUUUCUAUAGGUAGCUUUCUUAGCCUACCCAUGGAAGAGAUAAUGGAGCCUGCCAUGGACCUCAUUGAUGAGCAGCAUCCCAAAAGAUACAAGGCAAGUAGCUUAGAUGAAUAUAUCAAGCUUCUCUCCUCCAAAGAAGAAAAAUCCUACAUAGAGAGUUUGAAGAUUUGAAUAAAUAACUUGUUCGGACACUUUAGCUAUGUAUUGAUAUUUUCUUUGUUGAUACAUGCGAUACUGCGGAGGGAAAACCAUGUUAAGUAUAAAGGUGAAUGUUCAUAACCAACUAAAUAUGAGCAAUCGAGCACCUAUAUGUAUUCAUGUUAAUAAAGAUGGUUUGUGUCAUUCAUCCUUUA